AUGGCUGCCCCGCACCACCCAUUGGGGCAAGUUGUUCCCAUUCCCAACCCCAUACCAUCAUCAACGGAUCGGCAAGCGAUAGUGGAACGAUACAGAGAUCUGAGGUUACACGGCCUCAAGGUUGAUCCGGAAGCUUUCACUUCACUUUACGAAGACGAAGUCAAAUUUCCAUACAAGACAUGGCAAUCUCGAGUCGAGAACUCGAUUGCCAAGACGCUUGUUGCGAUCGACCCUGAAACAGACCAGAGAGAACAAAUUGAAGACAAAACAUAUGUCGAAAGAUUCGGCAGUAAUUAUGCUACUCAGCGACUCCUGCGACAAGAAUGGUUGGGUAUUGCUACAAUCAUUGGACCUGUUCGCUUCGAGGGACAAAGCGACGAUGCCAUGGUGACAUCCGUGAAGUCACAGCUCCACACUGCUUUUAUCAAAGACGGGCAAUAUCAAAUCCCUGAUCCCUCGACUGUGGAGAACGACGACCUGAGUGAUGCCCAUGCCGUAUUCUUGAUUGUGGGGCUGUUUAUCUUGCCCCAGGCACGGCGGAGGGGAUUGGCAGGUCGCCUGGUAGAAGCAUCUAUCAACUCCAUACGAGAGGAGGCUCGAAGAAAAAAGGUGUCCAAGGCAAGCAUCUCAAUCCAGGUGGCACCGAAAAAUCUUGCAGCACAGGGCCUCUACAAAAAAAUGGGGUUCCAUGUGAGUGAAAAAGCAAUAGUGAUGAACAGUCGGCCGGGAGGGGAAGAAAGGGUGAUAGGGCUGGAGAUGGAGGUCAACCUCGGAUCUGAGUCCUAA